CCCUGUGUAAUGUUCGCGAAAAAAAACACGCAGAAGAAGCGUUUCUUUGAUAAGAUAAGAGAAAAUCCUUAAAAUACUCAACAAAGCGGAGCUAAGGCCACUAAAACCCAUGGCGGACGCAAACCGAACCCCGCCCAGUCGUAAAAUGUAAGCGGACCACGGCGGCAGGCAGCUGGCAGCAGAGAAGCAGCAAUUGACCAAGUGUUCUCAGUUGGAAAACUCCAUGGAAAUAAUGGGUGACAGCGAGCAGAUUUGGCCAGAGAUCGGUAUAGACCCGCAGCAUGUGUGCGAGGCAGGCGUGGGCGAGGGUAGAUUCCAGCUGAUCUGCUACAAAGCCUGGCUGCAGUCCCUGGAACGCCACCGUCGCCUGACUCACUUUCCCAGCUGGCCGUUAUUGGAUCGACGGGCACAUCCCACGGGCCAGCUGGAGCAUCCUUGGACUCGGAUAGUGGUACAGACGUAUCGCAAGCAGCCGCAGCGCAGGGUAUAUCCCCUGCCCAGGAUUCCUGGAGAAGGAUCCAGUCAGGAUUUGCCCCUUUCCUACUCGCAGGCAGUGUCCUUUGUGGCGCACAACAACUUCAGGCAGCUGUGGGAGGAGGCCUACAGGCGGUACAAUGGCGCCCAUGUCAAACUUUGCAGAGCAGCUACAUCAGCGCCGCUAGCAAAGCCACAUCCCGGCCAGGGGCAGCUUCAACCACAUGAUGUCGUCCUCAAGGAGCUCAUUCAACGCGUCUACCAUUGUCCCGUGUUGCACUGCCAGGCGGAUCGUGGCGACUCCCCCACAAGCAUUCCCCAGACAGCUGACUUAUCGGGCAGCUGUCACGCCAACAUCUUGCCCGCCCUGGUGGCCAUCGAGUCAUCCACCCACUUCAGCGUCUUCUUCUAUCCGCCGGCUCUGGAAUGCAGCCUCUAUGAUUGCAUCACCUUCAGUCCAGCGCUGCUGGGAAGGGGCUACAACAAGACUCUGUUCGUGAUCUACCAGAUCCUGCAGCUGACGAAGCACCUCCAGGCUCAGGGCCUCUUCCUGGGCGACCUACGGCUGCAGCACAUUGUGAUGCGUGAGAAUCUCUGGCUGCAGAUACUACCGCGACUCCAGUGCAAUCUUCUGGAGGAGGAUCCAUCAGCCGGAGGCGGCGAUGACAUGUCGCCACUGACGCCGCUGGCCAGCGAGGAAGUGACGGGAGAUUUGGCGAGGGAUCCACGACACCAGCGCCUGCCCUCCAGCAGCACCAUGUUCGACCUGCGGCUAGCCUACGAUCCCGCCCACUUCAACCUGCGCGAGUACGCGGAGAUGUGGUGCAGUGGCCAGCUGUCCAACUUCGACUACUUGACCAUCCUGAACAAUGCGUGUGGCCGGAGUCUGACCAAUGCCGCCCAUCACCACAUAAUGCCCUGGGUAACCGACUUCAGUGGACGCGGCGGGGCCAACUGGCGGGACUUGACCAAGAGCAAGUAUCGCCUGAACAAAGGUGACGUCCAUCUUGAUCUCAUGUACGCCCAUGCCAGCCAGCAUGGAGCUGGAGAAGGCAGCUUUCAGCCCUUGGGCGAUCAGGCGCCCCACCACGUCUCCGACUUCCUCUCCGAGAUCACCUACUUCGUGUAUAUGGCAAGGAGAACGCCUCAGAGCAUCCUGUGCGCCCAUGUGCGCCCCAUUUGGGUGCCGGCGGAGUAUCCGGUGUCCAUUCAGCGCCUGCAGGAGUGGACGCCGGACGAGUGCAUACCCGAGUUUUACUCGGAUCCCAUGAUCUUCAAGAGCAUUCACGAGGAUCUGCCGGAUCUGGAGUUGCCCGCCUGGGCCACCUGCCCGGAGGACUUUAUAUGCAAGCACCGCGAGGCACUGGAGUCUCAGUAUGUCAGCGAGCGACUUCAUCACUGGAUAGAUCUCAACUUUGGCUACAAAUUGAGUGGCAAGGCGGCGGUGAAGUCAAAGAAUGUCUGCCUAACCCUGGUGGAUCAGCACCGGAAUCUCAGCCAGCGCGGCAUUGUCCAGCUGUUCGCCCAGGCCCAUCCACCGCGACGCUAUGCCACCCCCUGGUUCAAUAAGACAGCUCCCCGGCUGAGUCAACUGUACGCCAGUCCCUUGAAACGUUUGGCCAAAAGUACGGAAAAUCUGCACACCGAAAUGGGGGCCGGAUCGUCCCAUCUCUCUGUCCGGCUCGGUGAGGAUAAAGGAUCAAAUGGAUCGGUGCAUAGCAGCACGGCCAACUUUUAUCCGGUUACCAACUUUAUUGAGCUGCCGGAGAACUACAAUCCGACGCUGUUGCUGCAAAAUCUGGAGACCCUGGAAGCGUUCUACGCGCGCACCUUUCCGCAACAGCGGGCAACCGCUAAUCCCGAGGAGAAGAUGAUCAGUAGCGACCUCCUGUUCGAGCAGAACUCGGCGGAUCAUUCGUUUACUAAUCAACUAUUCGCCGCCAGCGGAGAGGAGAUUCCCGCCAAGUCGAAGAAUUUGUUGCGGGAGGAGAAAAGGAGUUGCCUGCAGCACUUGUUGAGUGCCAGAAGGGAGCGAGAUCUGCAGGUUUUGGGCUGCAUCAUCGUGGAGCUCUUUGCUAUGCAGCGCCUGCGUCCCCUCCUAAUGGGCAAUGGCCUGAGUGCCAGCUUUGAGGCUCGUCUUUCCGCGUGUCGCACCGUGGCCAAGAUCCAUCGCCAGGAACUGCCGAAACUAGUGCGCCGAGUGGUUCGUUUGCUGCUGCAACUAGAAGAGUCCGGUGAGGGAGAUCAGGGUCUGCCACUGCCUCCGAAUCCCGCACAGUUGGUGGAGCCCAUGUUUGCCAAUCUGCUGCUUCCCUUCCCAAGUCACUAUAUAGCUGUGUAUGCUUUGGUGCGAUCUCUGCACGCUUUCGAGGCGAACGCGGUGCUUCUGGAGCUGCAAACCCACUUUAGUUGCAGGGGCGGCAGGGAGUGUGCGCGGUACACGGAGAUGGACCGCCAGCGGGUGAUAUUCGAGCGAAAGAUAGCCGAGUGCAAGGUAAUGUCCUGCUGCGCCCAUCUCCGGCGGCUCCUCGAACCCGUUGCCUUUGCCUAUGAACAGUUCACGCCUGUGGAGCUGCUCCUGCCGCACAUCAUCGAUCUGCUGCGCGACGAACGAACUUCCAUUUUGACCGCCUGGAACUUGUUUGACCCUAUUGCCCAGGCCUUGGGCGUGGUCCAGACCCAACAGCAUCUUCUCCAGCCACUGCUCAAGCUCUACGACGUUGAGGGAGUCGGUAACUCAGCGGAGGAUGGCGGCGUCAAUAACAGCGGCGGUCAUUUGAGAUUCUCGGCCAGCAGUUCGUUCAAAUCGCGAAAAUCUGUGAAGCUGUAUCACCACAGUUUUCUGCUCCGCCUGAUUGUGCGCUUUGGCCUCCGCUGCUUCCUGCAGCACUUCAUAGCCCCGCUCAUCGAGGCUGUUGGUGGCUACAAGGAGCCAGAGCAGGGGAACGGCUACCACUACCACAGUGGCGGCAGCAGGAGGACCAGCAAGAAUCUCAACUUUGCCGCUGCGGAGGAGGAGGUCGACGACCAACCACCGCCAUCGGAAACAAAACCGGACAUCGAGGAGCUGUUUACGUUUGAGGAGGAUCAGGACCGCGUGUCCAGUCACGAGAGCAAGUCUAUCGACUCCUUUGACAUGCGGCCGAGUAACACCAGUGCGGCCAGUGCGGAGGAGGCUCGAGAAUCGGACGGAUCGCCGGAUAAACUGGUGAUUAAUGAACUUAUUUACGGCGCCAGAAUAUCCCCGGAUAAGCUCUCCCUGCGUGAUGGCCAAACGCCGCCUGCUCUGAUCCCCCCACCGCUGGGGCCACGCUCACCCACCAUCGAGAUCCCAUUGUGUCCCACUGCGGCCGGUGGCAUCCGUCGCAGCUUCCAGCUAAGCGCCAUUGACUGCGACAUUGGCUCCCGGAAGAGUGUGGACAGCUUCGACCUGAUCAGUCAAGCGGUGGAGGAUCAGUUACCUGCUACAACAACGACGUCGGCGUUGGAGGCCGAACCGGAGUCCACCGACUCCCUGCAGGCAUCGGUCAUAUCGCGCCUCUCGGAAGCAAAGGCCGUCCAGAACAACCGCAUCAGCGAGAUGAGCGCCGAGAGUCUGGUGUGGCUCUCGCAUCGUCUGGGCCCAGUGCUGACCUCUCGCUAUAUAACCAGGAAUCUGCUGAAGCUACUCUCUCUGUGCUAUGUGGGCCAAGAGAACCUUUUGCCAGAGAUGGACGAUGGCCACUUCAGCUCCUCCCCAGAGGCGGCCAAUCUCAACUACUUCAGCAUAGCAAACGCUAGGGUGGCGGGCGAUCGAAGUGCGGCUCGAGUCCUGGAGUGUCUCAUGUCCAUAGCGGCUCUCUACGGCGAAAGCUUCCUCCUGCUUCAGUACUUCCCGCACAUCAGCGAGCUGAUUGGGCUCUGCUCCAAGCGGAUCACUGGCAGCCUGGAGGGUGCCAUCAUCAGUUCGCUGCAGCUGCUCAAGUACAUGGUGCCGUGUCUGACCGAUGCCAGCAUCAUGGAGCACCUGCAGCACAUCCUGCUGGACGCCAUUCUGCUGCCAAUUCUGCGUCUGCUGAGCUCAACGAAUCUCCAGAUGCCGAGUGGCUAUCUGGGGCGGUCACUGCUAGCGCGCAAGUUCCUGGACGCAAUCUAUGCUCUGAGUGUUCGCCUCGGAUCGGAUAUGACGCGGGAGCAUCUCUGCCAGUCGCUCCUCUGUCCCUUCUUUCUGAUCUUCAACAAGGCCUUUGGACUGCCCAAUGAUUUUGCCGCCGAUCUGGCCAAUCUUUCGCUGACGGGUGCAGGAGGAGCUUCGCAGCCGGAACGUGCUAUGGAGGAGUUAAGAGAUGUCUUUGGUCCCGAGUUGGCGCACACCGCCUAUCUGACGUUCUUGCGUUUCCUGGGCGAGGCCAACAUGAAGAGGUCGCUGACCAAUCUGGAACUCGUGCUGACCCUGUGCCACGAACACGAACAACCCAGUGGAAAUGGUGAAAGCAAAACCCAAUUGUCCACCAGUGUGAGUUCCGGACAGGAUGUGGAUUCGGUAGAUGCCACCUGCGAAGUGGCUGCCAACAGUUUUGGCACCCAGAUCGUUGGUAAUCGCCUGCAGGUCCAGGCCCGGAACAACGUGGAGCUGCUCGACAUGGUGGCCUACAAGCUGGACCAGAUGCCCAGCACACGGCACUUGAAGGGCAACUGGCUUGCCUAUUGGCGAAACGAGACCACGCGCAGCGAGAAGGACAACCAGGCGCUCAAUCUCAAGCAGAUACGACUGCAGUCCUUUGUGGGCCACACCAACUCCGUGAGAGCCAUCUACGCCCUGGACAAUGAGAACAGCUUCGUGUCCGCGUCCAAGGACAAGACCGUCAAGCUUUGGUCGCUGCGCAGCGAGGGAGAUGGCCGGAAGACCAGCGCCUGCCAGUUCACCUAUACGACGCACAAGAAGUCUAUCAAUUCGCUCAGCUUCCUGGAGUCCCUCCGCUAUGUGGUGUCCUGCGAUUCAGGAGUACACCUGUGGGAUCCGUUUAUCGGGCGACCACUGGGCAUACUGGAUGCGCCGCGACACAGUGCCGUGACCGUGGUCAAAUGCCUGCCUUCGCAUUCCCCGCUGGUUGUCGCCGGCACAGCCGAGUCCACGGUGAAGAUGAUCGAUGCCAGGAGCAUGGAGUAUGUCAACGAGUGGAGGGUGUGCAAUGCUGCUCUGCCCAAUGCCACUGUGCGUUGUCUGGCGGUGGCUCCCUCUGGCAAUUGGCUGGCGGCUGGACUCUCCUCCGGCUGCAUAGUCCAGCUGGACACACGUACCGGCAUGGUGAUCAACUCCUGGCGUCCAAUGGAGUGCGAUCUGCUGCAGCUGUCGGCGCCGAGUGAUCAGUUCCUGGUGAGCUCCGCAUUAGAUCAUUCCCUGGCCGUUUGGCAUGCCCUGGAUGGCAUCAUGCACUACCAGCUCAAACCUCCGCCGGAACCCGCUCAUUUUCUGCAAAGCGUGGGCUCCUCUUUGGUCUACGCCACCACCGGCAACCGGGUGGGCGUCUAUGCGGAUGUAGCCCAUUCCCAUGCCUUCAACACGAUCACCAAGCUGCGUUCGGAGACCUUCCGCGGCGUCUUAACCUCGCUGGCCGUCCUGCCCCUGAAUCGAGCCUUCCUUGCCGGCAACGAGAGCGGUCACAUUGCGCUGCUCUGUUAGAAGCUAUAUGCGCACGCGUGUGUAUACCAAAAAAAUCGUUGUUCUAAAAUUUCUUUGGAACCUCUUUGGAACCUCUGUGCGUUAUUUCUUUAGUUUACUUUGUAUAUCCAAAUUGCACCAAAUAUUAUUUUAAAACAAAACACUGACACAGGUUGAACGUCGCUGCGAAAAAAAAGAACAAAAAAUCUACUAGCGAUUGUGCUUAGAAAAUAUUAAUGUUCCUUCGCACAUUGUCAGUCGGAGGAAGUUGCACAGCGACGUUCUUCAAUCUUAUAGAAAUUAUUCUUUAUACUCGAAAACAUUAAACCAAAUAAGCAUUCCAGAUAAACAAUUUAUGUAUAGAUCUAGUACGUAGGCACAAACAACAAAGUCUAUUUACAAUUAAAACUGCUUAAGCUGGAAAGAGGUAAAGUAUUUCUUAAGAAAUAUACAAAUAAAAUAUAACAAUUACGAUA